AUGCCUACUAUUGAUCUCGUCCUCGAGACGUCGAGCAAGCUGCUGGAUCUUUACUAUUCCAACGACUUCGAGGAGCCAGAGUCUGUAUCCGUGAUCGCAGAUGACCUUCGCAACGACAUACAUCCCUUGAUCGCCCGAGAACGCCGCGCACGGUCACACUGGGGCGAGUUUUUCGAGUCAAACAACUGA